UUAGUAUGAUAACCUAAACCUUAAAAAUCCAAAUCCAACAAUGGAUUUGUCAAAAUUGCCAGUAAAUGAACAAUUUCACUACAGUUUUCAAGCUGGUCUGUUAUCGUGUGGUGGUAGUGUUUUUGGAAAACUUUCUAAUGUAAAAUUUGGUUUAAUUGAUAACGAAGUUGCACAGUACAUUGUUUCUGCUCUGUGUUUAGUUUUAAUGAUCAUAUGCAAUGCUGCUGUCUGGACCUUUUUUGUAAAAGCACUUCAAGAAUCCCCAUCGACUUUCAUUCCAACCAUUAGUGUUGCUGCUGUCAACUACAUUUCAUCAGCUCUGAUCGGAUGGUUGCUGUUUGGUGAGUCAGUCUCGACAAUGUGGUUUGUUGGAACUUCCCUAAUCAUUGGAGGAUUAGCGUUACUGGCUUCUGAUUCUGCCAAGGAGAAAGUCACAUGAUUAAGUUCAGAUAGUGCAAAAAGUGAUGACUCAUCCAUCAGGAAACGAAAUCGGAGAAACUACAAGCAUUGUUCACAACAGCAGUUUCGUAUCUUUCAUAAACUCAAAAUUCUCCUCAGUUAAGAAUUUUUUUA